GACAUACAUAUAUGUGUAUUAUUGUAGCGACUGUCACUAUUCAGUAUUUUCUUGCACAGAAACGAAGCAAGUGAUUUGUGAGAAAAUGCCAUGCAUAGGAUGUGAAAAGGCAUGUAAAUGCACCGCGGACAAGUGCUCCGAGGACUGUAAAUGCGUAACGCCCGGUAAAUGCUGCUGUAACCCCUCGAAGACCGAGCAAACCUCGACCGGAGGGUGCUGCAAGAAGGGUAAGGGCACUGGCGAGGACAAUAGGCCAAAAGAGUGCUGCAAGACUGCCAAGGACUGAGCCAAGAAGUAUGAACGAAUAAUGAUUACAAAAAGAAACCAACUUGAUGUAUUUUACUUCCGCUUUUCACUAUUCAUUAUAAUGUAGCUGACAUUGUAUCUUUAAAUAUAAUCGAAACGUAAUUGCUAUACAUUAGUUACUAU